GGGAUCUGAGUGGCAGCAGUCACAGUGAAGUUUCUCCUGGGGAGAGUGAAGACCCAUUUCAGUCGUGUAGAGGAUCCCACAGGCACAUAAAUGCAGUAUCUCAACGUAAAAGAAGAUUGCAAAGCCAUGGCUUUCUGUGCAAAAAUGAGGAGCACAAAGAAAAAUGAACUCAACCUGGAAGCUCAACACCAGGGGCUGGAAAUCCUCUUCUACCUGCAGGACAAAGCCCCCAUUUGUUACUCCAGCGGCGAGUUCACCUCGGAGGAGCUGUGCAUCGAGGCUGCCCAGAGGUGUUCUGUGUCCCCUCUGUGCCACAACCUCUUCGCUCUGUACGACGAGAACAAAAAGCUCUGGUACGCACCCAACCAGGUCUUCAAGGUGGAGGAGAAAUCAUCCUUCAGGCUCCAUUAUCGCAUGAGAUACUAUUUCACCAACUGGCACGGGACCAGCGAGAGCGAGCCCUUGGUGUGGAGACAUUGCCCCAGGAAAGCCAAGGCCUAUGACAAGAAGCUGGCCCCAGAGGGAACCCCCAUCCUCGAUGCCAAUUCCCUGGAAUACAUCUUUGCCCAGGGCCAGUAUGACUUAGUGAGGGGCCUGGCCCCCAUCAGGGACCCCAAGAACGAGCAGGAGGUGCACGAGAUCGAGAACGAGUGUCUGGGGAUGGCUGUCCUGGCCAUCUCCCACGACGCCAUCAAGAAAAACGUGAAGCUGCCAGAGCUUCCCAAGGACAUCAGUUACAAGCAUUACAUCCCCGAGACUCUCAACAAAACCAUCAGGCAGAGGAAUUUCUUGACCAGGAUUCGGAUCAAUAACGUUUUCAAGCAUUUCCUGAAGGAGUUCAACAACAAAACCAUCUGCAACAACAGCGUCUCCCCUCGGGAUCUGAAGGUGAAAUAUUUAUCCACCAUGGAGAUCCUGACCAAAUAUUACGGGGCAGAGAUUUUUGAGACGUCGUUUUUGCUGAUUUCUGCCGAGAACGAGAUCAAUAAAUUUAAUUGUGGAGAUAACGAGAAGUACGAAGUGAUGGUGACAGGAAACAACGGGAUUCAGUGGAGGCUCAAGCCCAGUCCUGUACAGACAGAGAAAGAGAAGAAGAAAAAAUCCGAUGGCAAAACCAAAAAGGAGGAGGAAAAGCACAAACUGCGGGAGCUGUGGAACAAUUUCUCCUAUUUCCCUGAAAUCACCCACAUCGUCAUCAGGGACUCCACAGUCAGCAUCAACAAGCAGGACAACAAGAGGAUGGAGUUGAAGCUGGGCUCGCACGCCGAGGCGCUGUCCUUCACCUCGCUGGUCGAUGGCUACUUCAGGCUCACGGCGGACGCCCACCACUACCUGUGCACGGAUGUGGCUCCUCCCCUCAUCCAGCACAACAUCAAAAACGGCUGCCACGGGCCCAUCUGCACGGAAUAUGCCAUCAACAAGCUGAGGCAGGAGGGGAACGAGGUGGGGAUGUACGUGCUGAGGUGGAGCUGCACCAACUUCAACCACAUCCUCAUGACUGUGACGUGCUUGGAAGGCUCAGAGGUGAUGAAUAACUCAGGCCCCUACAAGAACUUCCAGAUCGAGGUGAAGAAAGGGGGGUACUUCCUCCAUGGCUCCAACAAAUCCUUUGCAUCCUUGAAAGACCUCAUGGAUCACCUGAAGGGACAAAUCCUCCGCACAGACAACAUCAGCUUCACCCUCAAGAGGUGCUGCCAGCCCAGACCCAGAGAAAUCUCCAACUUGCUGGUGGCAACCAAGAAGGCUCAGGAGUGGCAGCCGGUGUAUCCCAUGGGACAGCUGAGCUUCCACCGCAUCCGCAAGGAGGAGAUCGUGCAGGGAGAACACCUGGGAAGAGGGACCAGAACCCAGAUUUACUCAGGGAUGCUCAGCCUCAAGGAUGACGAGAACGAAGGCUAUCAGAAUGAGAAAGAGAUCCGAGUCCUGCUCAAAGUCCUGGACCCCAGCCACAGAGACAUCUCCUUGGCAUUCUUUGAGACAGCCAGCAUGAUGAGACAGGUGUCCCACAAGCACAUGGUGCUCCUGCACGGCGUCUGCGUCCGCGACGUGGAGAAUAUCAUGGUGGAGGAGUUUGUUGAGUGUGGGCCUCUGGAUCUGUUCAUGCACAAGAAAAGUGAACUUCUCACAACCCCAUGGAAAUUCAAAGUGGCCAAACAACUUGCAAGUGCCCUGAGCUACCUGGAGGACAAGGAUUUGGUGCACGGCAAUGUGUGCACCAAGAACAUCCUGCUGGCCAGGGAGGGCAUUGAUAGCGAAUAUGGGCCUUUCAUAAAGCUGAGUGACCCAGGAAUCCCCAUCACGGUGCUGUCCAGGCAAGAGCGCGUUGAGCGGAUCCCCUGGAUUGCACCUGAGUGUGUUGAAGACUCCAUAAACCUCAGCAUUGCUGCAGAUAAGUGGAGUUUUGGUACAACCCUGUGGGAAAUCUGCUAUAAUGGAGAAACUCCACUCAAAGACAAGACCUUAGCAGAGAAGGAGAGGUUCUACGAGGGGCACUUUGUGCUGGCCACGCCGUCCUGCAAGGAACUGGCAGACCUGAUGAAGCAGUGCAUGAACUACGACCCCCACCAGAGACCCUUCUUCAGGGCCAUCAUGAGGGACAUCAACAAACUGGAGGAGCAGAAUCCAGAUAUUGUCUCAGAGAAGAAACCCGUCACCGAGGUGGAUCCCACUCUCUUUGAGAAGAGGUUCUUGAAAAGCCGGGAUUUGGGUGAGGUAAGAGGAAUGUCACCCCCAGAACACAGCCAGCGCUCCUGGGUGUCCCCACAGCCACCCAGAUCAGUGCCUGGGUGUCCCCAAAGCCACCCAAAUCAGUGCCUGGGUGUCCCCAAAACCACCCAGAUCAGUGUCUGGGUGUCCCCACAGCCUGUGCUGUGUCACACAAACACCCAAAUCAGUGCCUGGGUGUCACUGCCUGAGCCUUGUCCUCAAGGAUGCUCCUUUCUCUCCCACCCAGAAAUCGAAAUCCUGAGGAAUCUUUAUCACGACAACAUUGUCAAAUACAAGGGGAUUUGCACAGAAGAUGGAGGAAGUGGGAUUAAACUCAUCAUGGAAUUCCUUCCCUCUGGGAGCCUGAAGGAGUAUCUCCCACGGAACAAGAACAAGAUUAAUCUCAAGCAGCUGCUCAGAUACGCAGUUCAGAUCUGCAAGGGCAUGGACUACCUGGGCUCCUGUCAGUACGUGCACCGUGACCUGGCAGCGAGGAAUGUCCUCGUGGAGAGUGAGAACAGGGUGAAGAUCGGGGACUUUGGGCUCACCAAGGCCAUCGAGACGGAUAAGGAAUAUUACACCGUCAAGGACGACCGCGACAGCCCCGUCUUCUGGUACGCCCCGGAGUGUUUGCUGCAGAGCAAGUUCUACAUCGCCUCCGACGUCUGGUCCUUCGGGGUGACGCUCUACGAGCUCCUCACCUACUGUGACUCCGAGUCCAGCCCCAUGGCAGAAUUCCUGAAGAUGAUCGGCCCCACACAGGGACAGAUGACGGUGGCACGGCUUGUGAGGGUCCUGCAGGACGACAAACGGCUGCCACGGCCACCCACCUGCCCUGAGGAGGUGAGGGAUGGAUGGAUGGAUGGAUGGAUGGAUGAUGGAUGGAUGAUG